UUUCCUAGUUAGACCAAUUGAAUCCAUUUCGGUCAACUUUCUACUGUCAUCAUUUGACGACCUCUCAUCAUAAAUCACAAGGACCUGUAAAGUUCUUGAGAUUGAUGAGCUCGCGAUGCACAUUGUCACUCCAGCUCUCGGAACACGCUUAGGAAAUACAAGUAGUAUCCAAUAACCAUAUGAAUACUGUGUCAGAAUGGGGAAAAAUUGCUUAAAAAUAGGAUAUCAGUCCCGGCAGUCCAAGAGGCUCUCCGCCAAUCGGAAACCCUGGAGACUUCCAACACUAGGUAAUUCCCCAGUCGAAACUGAUGGAAAAAUAGAAAUCAUAAUUCACGAGUAGUUUUGAUAGUAUUUAAGAAUGCGAUCUGCUCAAUUUCAUUUCGGCAUCCGAGUCUUCAGUUCCUACACUACACCAUGUCACACAACAUCCUCCUCACCGGUGCGUCAGGAUACCUUGGAGGCACUCUUCUGGCACGAUGGACCAGCGCCAGACUACCACCCUACCGGAAACUAUACGCUUUAGUUAGGAAUGACAAGCAGAGUGAAGCGGUUAAACAAUAUGGUGCUGAGCCUGUCAAUCUUGAUAUAUCCGAUCAUGCCGCGUUGCACGAAACCAUCGUCCACCACGAGAUUACCAUCGUUUAUUUCCUCAUUGACGCUCUCGAUUCCACACACCAAGUCCCUAUGAUCAAAGCCUUGGGACAAGUGAAGGCAAAGACGGGGAAAGAGGUUCAUUUUCUCCACACAACCGGGGCGAAGCUGUUCAGCCGCCACGCCGGAAUUCCAACAGAUCGGCCUUUGCUUGACACCGACCCAAUGCUGUAUGAGCUUCUCAAGAACGCAAAGUCCCCGCACAGCAUUUUUGACAGGCCCGCUCGCGCGAAUCUCACGGUAAUUGAUACAGCGGACGCGUUUGGUGUCAAAAGCUAUGUCUUUGCGCCCUGUUUAGUCUACGGUCAAGGCGAAGGGUUUGGGAACAAGAUUUCCAUCCAAGAUGUUGCGAUCGUUAAAGCAGCUCUUAAGCUUGGGAAUGUUUACAAGGUGGACACCGAUAAUCCGAUCUGGCCGGUCUGCCACGUCGUGGACACUAUAGAACUAUACUUGCAAAUACUGCGCAAAAUCCUAUCCGGAUCAGAGAUUGGUUGGGGAAAGAACGGCUUCUUCCUCGCUGCAUCGGGCAGCAUCCAUUGGAAUGACGUUUACGAGGCUAUGGCUACCGCACUCGCCAAACGAGGAGUGAUUAACAGCCGACGAAUCGCGCAGGCCGAUGAUGAAGUCCUUGCCAAAAUGGGAGAGGCACUGCAAGUCCCACCUGCGAUAGUCCAAGUGCACCUAGGCGGAAAGUGUCUCUUUACGGCAGAGCAUGGGAGAGUUCUAGGGUGGAAGCCUCAUUAUCCUCCUGAGCAUAUUUUGGAUGCCGCCGAUGCUGAAGUGGAUUUGAUCCUUCGGAAUCUUUAAAGUCUAUGGAUGAUCAGGGGAUACACUUUACAUUAUUAUCCGAAUCGCUGAUUGAAUGAAGUGUCGUUGUGUAAUAUAUAUCACAGAAUUCCGGAUGUGACUUGUGGAGUUAUCUGGACGAGCUU